GCAAAUCCCGGCUAGUAGUCUUUUCGUGAGUAGAUCAGGAGAGGAGUUUAUUCGGUGUAGACAUUGUAAGCAGCACAAAUACCGACUUCAACAUGACGGCAACUGUGUACAAGUUCCUGUGACCAGCAAGCAACUACAUCAACUCGGGUGGAUAGUCGGAGCGAUGAGAAAACACGAAGAGCGGUGCAAGGAGAAGAAGAAUAAAAAACGUCCGGAAGAAAGCGAGGAGGAGGUCCUGGAAGGCGUCAAUGAUGAAGCAGCACUAGUGGCUGCAGUCCCGAACAACUAGACCCGUUUUCUUUCAAACCCUUUACUGGGUAACAUCAUCAUCAUCAUCAAGCGGCCGGGGCGUUUGCGGCAAAAAAGCCCGAGCGGAUUCUAUCG